AUGCCCCGCGCCGCCGUCAACCGCCUGGCCCCGCUCCCGUCGUCGCCCGCUUGGCCUCGCCUAGCGCCCCGCCUCUGCUGUCGCGUGCUGCACAAACGCCGGCAGCCCCCCUGCGCCCACGCGCGGCCGCGCCCACCACCCCCCGCUCCCGCCCGGCGCCUCCCACGCGCGCCCCGCCAGGCACUCCCUGGCCUCCACGUCCGCCCGCGGCGCGCACCGCCGUCCCUGACCGCGUCCACCCCGUGCUGCUGCUGCUUUUGCUCCGCUGCCGCCCCGCCUACUGCCUUCCUCCGCCGCUCACCUACGCCCGACCCCCUGCUUCGCCCCUCGCCGCCGCUGCCGCACCUCCCGCACCCCUCUGCUGGCCGCGCCAUGGCCAGCCCCGACGCGCCGCCCUGGCCCUUGCGCCCUGCUGCCCGCGCUGCUCGCCUCCCCUGCUGCAGUCGCCUCGCCGCCGCUCCGUCGCCACAACCCGCCCUGGCCACCGGCCUCUUCACUCGCCGCGCUCCGCCGUCCUCGUCGGCCCCGCCCGCGGCCCCUGCUCGCUGGCGCUCGCGCCGGCACGCGCCUCUGUUCGCAAACGGGUUGGGCGCUAGCGCCCGAUGCCCGAGCGCCCAUAACCCGCUUGUGCCAGUGCCCGCAAAGGCCCUAUGGGCCAAUGACAGCCGGGGCCCACCCCCUGAAAGUUAUAAAAAAAGAAUUUAA